AGAAAACAAGAACAUGGGAAACAAGCAAUCUUCUUCAUACCAUCAAUUUCAAACCAACCAGCCAGAAGAACCAACCCUUAAGGAGCUAUCCAUCAAAAAACUCGGUAAUUGCCUUUGGGAAGUUACACUCCCAAGAGAUUUAUUUGAUUCUUCCAGUUUACCAACAAUGACCUUGAAAGUAUACUUUCCACAAUCAAAGGUCACUCAGAAAAUCUUCACUCUCACUGGUGAGGAUGAGGUCACUGAGAUUGGAGAGCAUGAAAACCAAACAAUUAAUACACGUCGUUUUCUUGUCAUUGCUCCACCUAAUUGCGCAAGCUUCAGAUUGGAACUCAGUGCAGAGACAACUUGUUUGUCAACUAGAGAGUUGACUACGAAAAGUUACUCAGCUGCUACUAAGGCAUUGUUGAGUGAUGACGGUUCUGUUGAUGCGCAGAGAACUAAACUUAUUGAAAGUUUGAAAAAUUUCCCAGAAAAAGAUUACCAAUUCAGAUUCAUUCCUCUAUCUGAAACUGGAAGUGGAAAGUCCACUCUUUUGAACAUGACGUGCAAGAAUCUUAACUCAGAUCUCACCAAUCCAUUCAUUGUUGGUAAUUCUUCUCAUUUACAAAACUCUAACGAAAAUUGGAGUGUCAGUGAAGAUGAAGAAGAUUUGAGAUCUUACACCAAUCACUUGGCUUCCAUUGAGCGAAUUAAUCAGUCUGAUUUCUCAAGAAUUUCUCUCAUUGACUGCCCAGCUCUAUUCACACGAGUUAUGAAGGAGAGAUUGGAACACUUUUUUGCUCAUCUCAAAGAAAAGGAAGAGGAAUUGAAAAUUGAUGCAAUUUUCGUCCCAAUUCCAAUGAAAGACACACAAGAACUUGUAAGUCAAGAAAGGAACUCGGUGAUGAGUUUCUAUCAGUAUUUAGUCAAUAUGUACAAUAGACAAGCUCAAACUCCACCAGUUUUCUGUUUGAGCCAAAUUGACCAUCUCUAUCUUUUCAAUCAAUACAUUAAGAAAGAUAGCACAAUUAUUGAUAUUUCUCAAUUAGAAGAUAAGAAAGAAGGCUCUCAACCAGGAACAGAAGCUAAUAUUCCUGAAGUUAAAGAAGAUCCAAUCAAUCAAAGUAGAAUUAAAAGAGUGAAAUUGUUGAAACUCUUCUAUGAGUGGUAUGUGGUUGAAAACAAGUCCAUUAUGGAAUUGCUUGGAAUUGGUGAUAGUCAUGACUUUCCAACAUUCUUUACUCACUUUGAGAAACAUCAUUUAGAUGAAGAAAUUUAUCAAAUGAUUGUUGUUGAAAAUUUCAAAUUAAUGUGUCAAUUGGUGGACAGAGCCAAACAAAAAUUUGAUAGUAAGAGGGUUAAAAUUUCUGCAGUAACCCCUCGUGCUCAUAGAAAUGGAGCAGUGGCCAAUCAAUCCCUCUUAGAUUUCCAUUAACAUUAAUGGAAAUGAAGUAAAUUAGUUUAUCACAUGUAAAUUAAAUAAAAAAACAAGAAAAUUAAUUUUUG